AUGUAUGCAACCACACUUUUGCUUCUGCUUGGACUGUGCGCCAUCAGAGGACAUGGCGAAGAGAAACAAGUUCGUGGUCACGUUUCUGUGGUAGUAGUUGGAGGCACGGGAGACUUGGCAAAGAAAUAUCUCUGGCAAGGCUUCUUCCAGCUGUACCUCCAGCAGGUCAGCAGUGGUAACACUUUCUCCUUCUAUGCCGCUGGACAGUCACCUGCAGAGAAGGCCACGCCUAUAUAUUUCGGUAUCCUGAAGGCUGUAUCAUGCCCGAAAGACGUCUCUGAAGAACGCUGCGCUGUGGUCAAGGAGCAGUUCUUGCGGUUAUCGCAGUAUUGGCAACUCAAAAGCCUCGAAGACUACCAGGAUUUGACCCAGCACAUCGAGCGGCAGGUUGAGGAGGAAGGUCUUACCGAGGCUGGGCGACUAUUCUACCUCUCUGUGCCAGCGUUUGCUUACGCGGAUAUCGCAGAUAAAAUCGGAACCAGUUGCAGACCUACAAGCAGCACGGUGUGGCUCCGAGUGGUUCUAGAGAAACCUUUCGGCCACGACCUGAGGAGCGCUCAGGUUCUUGCAGCUCAGCUCGCAAAUGCCUUGCGAGAUGAAGAAAUGUACAGAAUUGACCACUACUUGGGGAAGCAGGUGGUCUCAAAAAUCCUUCCAUUCAGGGUAGAGAACAAGAAGUUCCUGGAUCCCAUCUGGAACAAGCAUCAUAUAGAAAGAAUAGAGAUAGUACUGAAAGAGACACUGGAUGUACAAGGCCGUAUUCCCUUCUAUAACGAGUAUGGCGUAAUCCGAGAUGUAAUCCAGAACCACUUGACGGAAGUUAUGGCUCUCCUGACCAUGCGGCUUCCUGCUAAUCUCAGUGACAGCGAGGAGGUUCUCCAAAACAAACUGCGGCUCUUCAGUUCUUUCCUGCCUUUGGGUAAAAAUCAGGCUGUGGUCGGCCAGUACCAAAUGUACCAGGCCGAGGUUCAGCAGGAGCUCAACAAGACCAAAGACCACGUCACCAUCACGCCGACUUUUGCAGCUGUCUUGGCACACAUGGACGCAGCCCAGUACGAGGGCGUGCCCAUCCUUCUGAUCUCAGGGAAGAUGUUGGAUGAACGAGUGGGAUAUGCACGGAUUCUUUUUAAGAAUGACCUGUUCUGUCUUCAGGCCAAUUUUCACUGCAAGCCCAAGCAGAUCGUCUUCUACUUUGGCCACGGUAGCCUUAAAUACCCAGCAAUUCUCGUGUCAAAGAAUCUUUUUAAGCCUUCUGUCACAGAGGGCGAGUGGAAGGAAGUGACUGAUCACGCAAAUGUCAAAGUACUGGGGUCGGCUCUGUCAGACUACUAUGUCCAAACUCCAAAAGUGCAGCGGGAAGCUUACGCCGAACUCAUUUCUCAUAUUUUCGCUGGGCACAAAAAUAGUUUUAUCAGUACAGAGACUCUCCUCGCAUCGUGGGACCUGUGGACACCGCUGCUUGAGAGUUUAGCCGGCACAUUUCCCCGUGUCUACCCAGGAGGAGCGGACAAUGCUGACCUGCUGGACCUCCAUUUGAAAGGGAAGGAGAUAAGCUUCAACACUGAUGUGGUACUCAUCAACCAGGACCAAGCUGGAGGCGCAUCGGCGAGGAAUUUCUUAGUGAAGCAAGGAAAAUAUCGCGGCACAAACAUGGUGUCUGCCUGGGCCGAGGAGCUGGUGGAGCGUCUCGCUGCUGACAUCCAGGAGGCGGCGGAGGCAGCCGUGCUUCAGUGUGGCGUUUUUCACUUGGCUCUCUCUGGCGGGUCGACGCCGAUCGCGCUCUUCCACAGGCUGGCCCUGCACCACUUCUCCUUUCCAUGGCGCAACACCCACAUCUGGAUGGUGGACGAGCGCUGUGUGCCACUCACCGACCCAGAGUCCAACUUUCACAACAUCCACCAGCACGUUUUGCAGUACGUGCGCAUCCCCUAUUACAACAUCCACCCCAUGCCGGUGCAGAUCAAGCAGCGUCUCUGCGUGGAGGAGGAUGGCGCGACGCAGCUAUAUCAGGAAGACAUCGGGAGAUUAGUCAACGGCUCCAGGUUCCACUUUAUACUCCUAGGAGUUGGACAUGACAAACACACGGCCUCUCUCUUCCCUGGCACUAAACCGGCCGAAAGCACAGACCAGCUGGUGGUCCUCACAGAGAGCCCCGUCAAGCCGCACCGGCGCAUGAGUCUCACGCUUGGAGCCAUCAACCGAGCCCACCAGGUGUCACUGCUGGUGAUGGGCAAGAGCAAACACGAGCUUAUUACCCAGCUGAGCCGUGUCAAGGAUGAUGCAAAUAAAUGGCCCGUCACAGGGGUGAAACCCACCAAUCGCACGCUUACCUGGUACAUUGACUAUGACGCACUUUUGGGUUAG